CUCAGGACACUCAAAGUCUUAAACACGGCUUGAGUAUCCCUCAACCUUCAACAGCAUUACUUUAAUUGUGAGAGAUCAACUUCAGAGAGAAAUUGUCUAGAAGAAGUUCACACUGAGGAAAUCUACUGUGUUCAGCUCAAGGACGAUGCCCCCUUUGCUGUAUAAAGAUGCGUUCUGGGGGUCUGAUUUCACUUGUCAUGCCGGGUAUGACACUGUGAUCCAAAGGUUACGAGAUGGAAGAGAAAUGUGCAAAGACAUGGAGGAGCUCUUAAAGAUGAGGGCACUAGCAGAGGAGAAGUAUGGGAAGGACCUGGUGACUAUUGCUCGCAAAGCAGGAGGCAACACAGAGAUCAGCACCUUGAAAGCAUCCUUUGAAAUAUUAAAAACACAAAUCGAGAACAUCGGUACCUUUCACAUCCAACUAUCUGAUUUAUUAAAAGAGGAGGUGAAAAAGAUUGAGACAUUCAGAGAACGGCAGAAAGAGCAGAGGAAGAAGCUUCAAAGCAUCAUGGAGAAGGUUCAGAAGAAAAAGGUUGCUGUAUACAAGAGGACCAUUGAGUCUAAGAAGACCUACGAAGUGAGAUGCAGAGAGGCAGACGAGGCAGAACACGGGGCUGAGAAGAUAACCGUUGCAUCCAAAAACUCAGAAAAGGGACGUCAGAGAGCCAAACAAUGCAGACAGGCGGCCAAGGAAACAGAGAAACUUUACUCAACCAAUAUUGUUCAGCUAGAGAGUGUUCGCCGGGACUGGGAGGAAACACACAAAAGCACAUGUGAGGUGUUCCAGCAGCUGGAAGGAGAUCGCAUCAGCAUGCUCAGGUGUGCUCUCUGGGACCACUGCAAUCACUUCUCCAUGCAGUGUGUCAAAGAUGAUGAGUUUUACGAGGAGGUGAGGAAGCUACUGGAGUUGUGUGACAUCACCACAGACAACAACUACUUCAUAGGGAGGAAAAGCACCGGAACGCGGCCUCCAGAGCCCAUAUUGUUUGAAAGCUACUACCAGACACAGAAGUCAGGAGACAGCAAUGGCCAAGCUCACUUCGCAGGAGGAGGAGAAGAAGACAUGACGAUGAGGGGCUCUGAUCCUCUGCUCGGGAGUUCUGUGAACAUCAGGUUCGACAAUCUUGAAAACCCACAUUCAGCACCGGCACCUUUCGGUGGGGCUUCAGCUGUGGAAUCAGACGGAGGAUAUGCAGAGCUGCCAGGCCUCCUGGGUGCAGCAUCGUUGCCAACAGUCUCAGCUGAUGACGACACAUGCUACAUUGUGGAUCAUGAAUAUGUAGCAAAGGAAGAGGACGAAUUGUCUGUUAGUAGAGGGGAACUGAUCCGAGUGUUGGAACAAGGCGAAGAUGGCUGGUGGACAGCAGAGAAGAACGGGAAGACUGGACUGGUGCCAGGAAACUAUCUGGGCAAACGCUGAACCCAAACAAAUAAACAAACACAAAGAAGAGCAUGCAGCCAAACACACACAGGCCAAUUACAACCAAACACACAGUGUCGCAGCAAAACUCUUUUGCAACGUCAACAAAAAGUGAAAAUAGACACAACAACAGACACACACACCGAAAUACUGUUCUUGUCACUUGCUGAUCAUUAACUUAACACCUAUGCUGUAGCAUCAUGUUGUAGGUAGUAGGGCUACUUAAGUUAUGUGUCUUCACAAUCCCUUGCUCAGCUCUGAAGAUGUCUUGACUGAUGAGUGUAACUAUUAUUUAUUUAAGAUUAGGCAUAAGAGUAUUACAACAUUGUAACCAUGAUACCUCAUGUGCUGUUGAUCCAGGUCUGUAUGCUCUCUAAUACUGUGCACAGUGCGUGUCAUAAAAUCAGGUGUUGAAAUCUUGUAUGAAACCUUUUUAGCUUCGAAAGACAUUGCUCUGUGUCAUAUUUUCAACGUGAGUCUGAAGCACUAACAACAACUAGUUGCCAAUAGGAAAAAAACAAUUGUUGUGCAAAUGCGAACCAAACUCUACAUGCAAUAAUAAUACCAUUGUUUUAUAUUCUUGGAUCAACAAUCUGAGCUGUGAUCAUUUUCAAAUGAUGUAAACAAAGAUCAAUUAAUUUCAUAUUUCUAUUUGAUGCAUGUGAGUUACAAAUAAAUGACGUCAAGUGCAUAUUGUGGUCUAUGGCGUUAAUAGAAGAAAAAAGUGGUGGGCCAACAACAACAACAAUUUGGACGGGUGCAAAACAUGAAGAUGAAACACUUUGACAGAAUGCACAACAUCACAUUUACAUUUACAGAUAAACACAGGUGAUAAUCCGACUGAGCACAUACCUGUUCUCCUCACUCUGCUCUGUCCAUUUGGGUAGUGGUCAUCCGCAAAGAAGCCUGGAAGCCUCAUGGCCAUGUUGCUAGCUCUUAUCUGACAAGCUUGCACUUAACAUUAGGGAUUCCUCCUGGAAAACGUAUCUUUCUUAAUAAUAUUAUUACCGGGAUAUAAGGCUUCCAGUGUGUGCCUUAAAAGACAUUCCACAUGGUUCACCGCAGUUCCUCAACUUUUUUACAUGAAAUACAACUUCUGCUAAGGAGUAAGCCUACAUAUCGAUGAAAACAACAGUAGUUUGCAAACAGCCAAUCAAAAUCUCAGUAGGGCAAAAGCAAAUCAAGACCCACCUGGCUUCAAAUGAUGCCACAUGUGCCACCCGCUUUUCUUUUGCGCAUGCGUAUUGUUGAUUUCCAAUUUGUGUUUAUUAAUGU